AUGCCGCCAAAGAAACGUUCCUCGCGCCGUCUCACGCUGAACGCCGGUGAAGAGUACACCCUUAUCGGGGAUGGCGCCGUGCAAAUAACACUCCAGUCCGGUCUGCUGGAUGUGGCCGGGGUGAUGCUGGACGCAAACCGCCCCUAUACCUUUUACCUGCACACGGAUCGACAGACCAUCACGCUCUUCACGCUGGAGGGAGCGGCGUGUAUGCUGUCGAGUGACAACAGAGUAGACACCCAGCGAGGUGUGGCACGGGCGGGCAAGCUGGUGCAGAUGACGCGGCGCACUAUUCUCGCGGCGAAGCGCACAAAGGUGCUCGUCAUUGGUCGCUCCCGCAGUGGCAAGACGCUCGCAGCACAUACUCUGUGCAACCUGCUCAUGCGCUACGGCAAUGACAAGAAGAGCGUGUUCUUGAUGGACUUGAAUGCGGAGUCGAACUGCCUAUUCGCCCCAGGGUGCGUGUCUUGCAUCCAGGUCUCCGAGGCUCCUCUUUGGCCGGGGCUGACGGCGAGCCCGAAGCUUCUGCCGCUUUCCCUCUACACCGGCGCCGCCGUUCGCCCGUCUGCGAGCAACGUGAACUCGCUUCUGCACUACUACGACCAGCUGCAUGAAACAGUCAUGGGCUACAUUCAGGAACUAAGCGGGGCGGCGGCCGCCGCCCAGCAGCAGUCGCCGUCGCCGUAUGCGCCGUCCCUUAACGAGACUCAAUCGCACGUCGUCGUCGAUGCCCCUGCGCCGCUGGCAGACCUGCAGGAGGGUGUUUGGUACAAGAAGCUCAUUGAAGUACUCUGUCCGUCGCACGUGGUGAUCGUCAGCAGCCGCGAGGACGGCGAGGAGAGGUGGUCCACCUUUCUGCAGGAGGAUGUGCAGCGGGUGCUGCCAGAUUGUGAGUUUCUCUUCACCGACCCAGUUGCCCACCUGUGUGAGCGUUCGUCGAGUCGUGAGUUGUUGAGGGAGUACUUCACCGGCACCCCGUUCUAUUCCCUGGGCUGCUCUAAAGUGGUGGUGCCGCUCAAAUCACUGACGUUUGUGGAGGAGGCGGGGGAGGGCUUAGCGCCUGGCAGCGCUGACGGUGUCCUUAUGCGUGUGGUGCACCCCGACGCGUCGUUCCAAGCUCUCGUCUGUGCUCUUUCCCACGCGGAGCUUCUCGAGGAGGCGCCGUUGGCCCCGAUCGCUGGCCUGGUGACGAUUGUGUACGUCGAUGAGAAGAACGAGGAGGUGGCAAUGCUAAUCCCGGCCGCAGAGGAGCCGCUGCUGCGACGCUUGAUCAUUGUGCCGCAGUCUCGCUACCGCGACACGUUGAGGAUGACGAAUGCGCAAGUGACGACAAUGGAGGAGUACGUGGCAGUCUAA